AUGAGGCGAGAGAACGGAUUCCGCCUCAUCUGCAUCGUCUUAUGGCUGGCCCGCGUCGACCACACCGGGAGCAGGACCAUCCCCCGCCCCGAAACAAACGAGAUAAUGGAGGACGAGACGGGAAUCGGCAGCGUACUGAAGGCGUUCCGGAAACAACUCCGGAAGGAAGACCCGGAGGUGACCCCGGCCCUGAUCGAAGGUGACAUCGCCGCUUCGCAGCCCAUCCUUUUCUCCUUGUGGCGACUGGGCCUGCGCUGGGACAUUUUCCCGACCCGAAAGUGGGAGAACGCGACCAUCCCCUACCACAUCAGCCACCUCUACAACCCCCAAGAGUACGAGAUCAUCAUGACGGCCAUCCACUUGCUGAGCUUCGGGACCUGCCUCCGCUUCGUCCCCUACGACGGGCAGGCGGACUACCUCCUCUUCUGGCCCAAGGAACCCGAGGGGUGCUGGUCCUACGUGGGGAAGAAGGGGGGCCAGCAGGUGGUGGCACUGCAAAGGCCGACGCUGAAGAGCAAGAAGUGCUUCACCGGGCCUGGGAGGGCCGUCCACGAGAUCAUGCACGCACUCGGUCUCUUCCACGAACACGCUCGGAGGGAUCGGGAUGAAUACAUCACGGUUCUCAAGGACAAUGUCAUCCCGAACUUCCUGCACAACUUCGAAAAGCUAAGUCUGGAGAACACGACGUACCCCUAUAAGUACGACUACCACAGCGUCAUGCACUAUGGACCCUCCUUCUUUUCAAAAGGAGGAAAGACGAUAAAGGCGAAGAAGAAUGGAGUGUUCUUGGGCCAGAGAGUGGGACUCAGCAUCACCGAUUGCCUCAAGAUUAAUGACCUUUAUGGGUGCUUGGAAAAAUCAGACUUUGAAAGGAAGAAGUAUGAAACAUUGUGCGCUGUACUCGGAUUCACGUGA